AUGCACACUAUCAAUCAUAAUGUCAAAAUACAUACAACCCGAAGACCCACAAUAAUAUCCAUUCUCCACUCUUCCCAUUUCAUUUUUCUCCUUCUCCUCGCAUUCAUAACUACUCUGGUACAUUCAGCUGGCUCGCCUGUACCUGGACCACGAACUAAACAUUGUGCCGUUACAUGGACAGACCCAACCGGCAUUACAUACCUAUACGUAUAUGGAGGAACGGGAGACCCAAAUUCCUCUCCAUUUUCGCGCAUACAAUUGCCGCUUUCUUCACCUCAAUCCACUUCAUCAUGGACAAGCCUCUCCCAGGACAAAAUGCUUGUUUUAUCUGAGGCAGCAUGUAUAGUUUCACCCGACAACAGGUUUCUCUUGGUUAUCGGAGGAACACUGGCGGAUGGAACCGUACCCACAACUAGGCCAUUCCCCUUGUCUCUAGGAAUUCAAGCAUUUGAUCUACGACAUAAUGUAUGGAUAGCAGCUCCUAUAAUAGACAGUUUAACCGACGCAGUUGGCCCACUUUUAAACGGAAGAACUGGGUCGGUGGCUGCAAGCUAUAUUACCGAUGGGGCCAAGAGAGUUGUAGUAUAUGGUGGGUCACAUCCGAAUGGAACUGAUAACAGCCGGCCCCGCACUUUUAUUCUCAGCAUGGACUCUGAUGCGAGGUGGACGUGGGUUCCCAGGUUCUACGAUAGCCUAACUCCUCCCGCUGUUCAAUAUCCAGGGAUAACUAUGCUAGAUAACAACAAAAUCCUCUUAAUAGGAGGACAACAAUUAAACAAUCAGGGUAUUCCUGUGGCGUCGGUAACUGAUAUCUAUACAUUUGAUGCUGCAGCAUUGAGAUGGGAGGGAAAAUCGGACAAGUCGCUCAAGGCGCCCGUAUGUGACACGUGUCAAAUAGCAGUAGGGAAUGGCAAUCAGAUAUAUCUUUACGUGAUACCCGGCGUAUCUUCCACAAACUCGUCUGCACUCAACAUUCAAGUCCUCUCUUCAAAGAAGCAAUCUGUUAUCCUAAAUUCGACCGAUGCUGAUAGUAUUUACGGUCCGAAAUCAGCUACAUUUGCAUAUGCUGCAUUAAAGGACGUAAUGUACAUCCAUGGCACUAGUGCAACAAUCAAUAAUAUUGUCCAAUUCAAUUUGACGUCAGGAACUUGGAUACAAGAUAGCUCGUCUUUGGUGUCAAAUAAUUCGACGUCACAACCAACUAGUACGAAUCUACCAGCACCGACUGCUUCAGCAAGUAAAUCAUCUUCGACACUUCCCAUAAUAGUUGGCUGUUUAAUAGGGGUUUUAGGAUUGUUCGGUCUAAUUGCUCUAUUCAUGUACCGACGUCGGCUCAAGGAGAAAUCUGGAAGUGGUUACGUUAACAGAAAAGUAUCUGACGAUAUGACCGAUAAUCUGGUAGAUGAUCAGGCCUCUGUGAGUGCUAAUCCUAAAGACUUCCUAUCUAACCUGAUGCGUAGAUUGAGUUCUUUUAAAACUGUUAGUGUGCAACUGGUUGAUGAGGAGAGAUCAGAUAAGCGUCAGUCAAGUGAAUUGGGUGAAUGA